AUGGACAUGGAUGGUAAUGUCGUCAAGGUGCUGAAGGGCAUAGAUGGCUCUCCGUUGAUCUCCACGAGCUCACAUGACCUCAUUUGCGUGGCAAAUUACUCUUAUUCUUAUGCUAACGCCCAAGUGAUCGACCCGGCCUCGGGGAAGGUGCUCAUGGACUGUCCGAAGCAACAACGCACGGAGGUGUGCACCUUCUUCUGCUCUGGUCGUUCUGCGCCGUCUCUCACUUACAAGGUGGUCAAGGUCGAUGAUGGCUCGGCAUGCAAAGUUUUCACUUUAGGAGAGGACACCGGCUGGAGGGUGUCAGAGCCGCCCAAAACCAGUAUCUCCUACAUGGAAAACUCCCCAGUCACUGUGAACAGUGUCAUGUAUUUCUUAGAGACGCAACAUCGGCGCGGUUACACCUUACAUUCCUUUGACAUCGAGAGCGAAACGUGGAAGAAGACGAUCAGUGGCUCACGCAAACCCAUGGGCCCCGAUGUGUGCCUGGCUGUGCUCAUGGCUGAGCUCAACGGCGCUUUGUGCAUGGUCCAAACAGAGAGAGACCACACACCCAUGACAAAUAAUCGAUGUGCCAACAUAUGGAUCUUAGCCGAUCUGGAUAUGGGUACAUGGAUUAAGGCGUAUACCAUUCCAAUGGACGCGUCCACCGAUUAUUGUAGGCCUUUGAGGGUAACACAUGGUGGUGGUAAAUUGAUUUUCUGCAAUACCUUUUAUGCAGAAAGACAGGAGAUUCGAGCCUACAAUCUUCACACCGAGGCAUGCACGUCGCUAUGCAAACUAGAUAGAACCAUGGGCAGAAUUGCUCUUUGCAACUUGCAGUUGGACCGCCUCUUGUCUCAGCCAAGAUUUAGUGUCCACCGUAGCUGA